ACAACUCGGUGUGACCGGCCAGCGGCUACGGACGUGUUCAGCAGACACUGCUCAAAUCAUGUCAAAGUCUAAAGAUAUGGGCUCUUCCACUAUCCACAGUCAGCAGCUUCAUGCUGCUAUGGCUGAUACCUUGCUGGAGCACAUGUGCCUGCUGAACAUCGACUCCGAGCCCACAGUGUCUCGCAACACUGGCAUCAUCUGUACAAUUGGGCCCGCUUCUUGCUCAGUGGAAAAGCUAAAGGAAAUGAUCAAGGCUGGCAUGAACAUUGCACGUUUGAACUUUUCACAUGGAACUCAUGAGUACCAUGCUGACACAGUCAAGAAUGUGCGUGAAGCCACUGAGAGCUUUGGACCUGGGAGCCUUGAAUAUAGACCUGUGGCUAUUGCACUGGACACCAAAGGCCCUGAAAUUAGAACUGGACUCAUCAAGGGUAGUGGCACUGAGGAGAUACAGCUUAACAAGGGUGAAAAAAUUAAGCUUACACUGGACGACGCAUUCAAAGACAACUGUGAUGAGAAAACCCUGUGGCUUGAUUACAAGAACAUCACCAAGGUGGUUCAGCAAGGCAUGAAGGUCUAUGUUGAUGAUGGUCUCAUUUCCCUAAAAGUCAUAGAGAUUGGUGGUGACUUCUUAAUCUGUGAGAUUGAGAAUGGAGGCAUGUUGGGCAGCAAGAAAGGUGUGAACCUUCCCGGCGCUAAAACAGACCUGCCUGCCGUGUCCGAGAAGGACAUUCAAGAUCUGCUGUUUGGUGUGGAGCAGGGUGUGGACAUGGUGUUUGCCUCCUUCAUUCGUAAGGCUGCUGAUGUUCAUGCUGUCAGGAAAGUUCUGGGAGAAAAGGGCAAGAACAUCUUGAUCAUCAGCAAGUUGGAGAACCAUGAGGGAGUGUGCAAUUUUGAUGAGAUUCUUGAGGCCAGUGAUGGUAUCAUGGUUGCCCGUGGAGACAUGGGUAUCGAGAUCCCCACAGAGAAAGUAUUCUUGGCUCAGAAGAUGAUGAUUGCCCGCAGCAACAGAAUUGGCAAACCCAUCACUUGUGCCACUCAGAUGUUGGAGAGCAUGAUUAAGAAACCACGUCCUACUCGUGCUGAAAGCAGCGACGUUGCCAAUGCUGUACUGGAUGGUGCUGACUGUAUCAUGCUGAGUGGUGAGACGGCUAAGGGAGACUACCCGGUUGAGUCUGUGCUGACUCAGCACAAGAUUGCCCGUGAGGCUGAAGCAGCCAUGUUCCAUAGGCAGGUGUUUGAAGAGUUGCGUCGCACCUCACACUUGACUCGUGAUCCCUGUGAGUCUGUGGCCAUCGGAGCUGUGGAAGCUUCAUUCAAGUGCCUUGCCAGCGCUAUAAUUGUUCUCACCAAAUCUGGAAGGUCUGCUCAUCUGCUGUCCAGAUACAGGCCCCGUUCCGUUAUCUUGGCUGUAACCCGUAAUGAACAGACAGCCCGUCAAUGCCAUCUGUACCGUUCCAUCUACCCCAUCCUUUACAACAAGCCUGCCAAUGAUGUGUGGGCUGAGGAUGUAGACCUACGUGUCAGCUUUGCUCUGGAGAUGGGCAAAACCAAGAAGUUCUUCAAGUCUGGAGAUGUAGUGAUUGUGGUCACUGGCUGGCGCCCUGGUUCUGGCUACACCAAUACCAUGCGUGUUGUCCUGGUGCCUUGAGCUGCACAAAUCAGAACUGUACCAUUCCCCUCAUAAGCCCAGGCGACAUGCGUUCUUUCUUUCUAGUAGCAAUUUUGUUUAUUGUUACAAAUAAAGCCUCAUGUGUCUAAAA